GAAGGUCGCAGGUCUCCGCUGCACCAAGCGCCUCACAUUCGAGGAGGGGGAGGAACACAGCCUAGAGAAGACCUUUAGUCAAAUGGAACAACCAGUCUCUGUGGUGCAAUCCCAGCACACGUAACCGUUUAACCCUUGCUCACUCCCCGCGUUUCUUUCAGUAAGCGGCUGGUCGUUGACCUGCGUUUGCCAACGUGCACGGCGCCUUCCGAGGCAGGCCCCCAAAAACCUGUCUGCGAUUUGAACGCGCACGGGUCAAUACGCUCCCUUUCCAAAGUGCCAAUAGGCAGAAGUCCUUGGUGGGAGGACAAGAGAGGGUUUACCUUAAACAAAGGGGGGAAAAGGUUUCUAAGGGAAAAGCAAUCUUACCACAAGCACGACAGAAAGCAGAUUUUCGGCCGAUUGAUGAGGCUGGGCACAUGCCUCAACCCCACGUCAGCUGCUACAACAUGAUCCAAAUCAUUAACCACUGGCCCCUUACACAAGGGCUGCCUCCCAUGGAGAGCUGCUCCCAUCGAGCCUGGAGAAACCUGUCUUUCGUGAGGACCUCGACUGCGUGGGAAACAGCUUCUACUGGGAAGGCGCUAUUCAAAGCACAUGGAACAGGAAAGCAGAAAAAGCUCAUCACUCUGCGUAUCCAAGAGGAGGGGACACGAGGAUACAGUGAAGACAGUGGAAAGGUAGAAGGCCAGCCCAAUGGUGACACAAUCCCAGCUGAGCAAGCCAAUCCUUCAGAUGACACUGUUGCUGGUGCUGGGAGUCGUCAGAAUGAUCAGAUAGUGCAGAAAAUAGAGGAAGUGCUCUCUGGAGCCCUUGAUACAGAGCUGCAGUGCAAAUCAGAUGUAGACAAAGAUACUGUGAACAGUAGUUCUAAGUCUACAAAAAGAAGUCCUACUGAUGAAGGUCAAGAUGAAAUUCCUAGAAAAAAAUCAAAGAAGAACAAGAAACACAAAAGCAAGAAGAAGAAGAAAAAGAAGAAGAAAAGGAAGAAAGAGAAAAAGCAUAAAAAGCAGCCAAAAGAGUCAAAACUGAGCGCACGUCAUGGAGAACAUGCAAACUUACAGCCUGCGUCUCACUUGAUGCCAGAGAAUUCAAGCUCCAAACAGAGUAUACAGCAUGGAGGAUCUGGAGAUUCAAAUCUGGCUGUUCACGUGCAGCCAGAAGAAAUGUGCUUAAAAGUAAGUGAGGAGCUUGACAGACACGCUUUAGGACUUGAUUCUCAUUUGAGAUCUGAUUCUCAGCCACGUAAGGAAGAUCUUGAAAGUGAGAAGGGAAAUUUGUGUGCAGCACAUCCUCAGUUUAAUAUAGAAAGCAGCAAAUCUGAUAUCCAACAAUAUACUAGUAUAACUCAAAGUAACAUUUGCACUAGAGAAGAACAAAUUAGUGUGUCUCACGAAAAUAUUUAUCCUGUAGCUAUUAAUACGAGUGGAAAGGGUGAACUUCAUGUUGAUACUGGAAGUGAUACAUUGUCUAGCAUCCCAUCUGGAGUUGCCAAUAAAUCUGAACUUCAGAAAGAUCCAGAAGUAGUAGAAGCACUAAAAGAUUCAGAAGAUAUUCUGAAGUCGAAAGGCACUGGGGAAGCUUUCAGUACAACUCUUGAAUCUGAGACCAUGGAAGUGUUGAAAUACUCAGAAGCAACUCUAAAAUCUGCGGCACAGUUGGGAACAAAAGAAUUAGAAACAAACUCGGAAUCUGUGUCUUUGGCAAGUGAUUUGACAACAAUUCCUAAUUCUGCAAACCAGGCAGAUUUGAAUACUGUGAAGUUAGCUCACGUAUCUAUGGCCAUAGAAGAAGUGAAAAUUCCAGAAGCGACAGAAGAAUCUCUGCAUAUGGCAAACGUGAAAAGUGUAGAAGGAUCUUUGGAACUAAGGAGUGUGCCUGGAACUUUGGAGCCAACCCUAAAGCCCUUAACUGUAGCUGAUGAUUUGAGAACGGCACAGCGGAGCCCCAUGGAGAGUGUGGACGUCUUCCAAACAGCCUUGGAACCUGUAGCUAUAAUGGGGGAUGUGAAAGAUAAAAAAACAGACCCAGAUACGGCUUUGCAACAUGCUUUUAAAAUACCUGUGGGAAUGGCUUUAACCCAGGUGGAAGUGAAAAGUGCCGAAAUACCCCUAGGACCAGGGGCUGUAACAAAGGUGAAAGACGUUGAACUGGCCAGCGGCUCUGUGCAGACAGAAAACGUGAAGGGUUUGGAAGAAGGUCUGGUAAAGACAAAAGCUUUGGACACAGUUGUGGAACCUGUGGGUAUGAUAGGAGCAAAAGAUGUCAAAGUAGCUCAAGAACCUCUGCAAGUUGAAGUUACCAAAAGUUUGGAAGGAACCAUUGGUUCUGCAGCAUUGUUAAAUGCUUCAGAGGUGGUCUUAGAGCCUGAAGAGACAGAAUCUAGAGCUUUGGAUAGAACCCAGGUGUUUGCAGUUCUAGCAGAAGUAACCAAUGUGAAUGUGGCUCAAGAACCUCUACAAAUGGGAGAUAUGAAAAAAAUCCAAGAGGCUAAUGAUUUGGAAACAACUUUUCAAGCUGUAGCUGUGACAGAGUUAAAAGCAACAGUGAGCCAAGAACCUCAGCAAACUAAAGAUUCAGGAGCAGCUCUAAAAUAUGUGGUGGCAGAGGCAGAAGGAUUAAAAGCAACAUUAGAACCUGUAACAGUUAUGGAGGCAUUUGUCCCCAAAACAGCUUCAGAAAUCCAGAUGGUGGAGGGUUAUAAAGGUCCACAAACAACUGUGGAAGUUGUGACGCUAGCUACAAAAAAAGCUAUGGAAACGAAUCAAACUGCUCUGCAACUGGAAAAUAAUACUUCAAAAAUUUCAGAAGCGACUCUAAAGCCUGGAGCUGUAGCAGAGGCAAAAGAUUCAGAAGGAAGUUCGUUAUUGAGACAAAGAGAGGACUUGAGAGACUCAAGAUCUGAGAGCGAGUCAAAUGUGAAAGGUUUCGAAGCAGCUCCUCUUUCUUUUCAGAAGGAAGAUGUGAAAGGUCCAGGAGGAAUCAUAAGACCAAUGGCAAUGCUAGAAGGAAAAACUUCAGAAACAACUUCACUGUCUUUGCAAACAGAUGAUAUGAAAGCUUCAGAAGGAGCCCUGAAAUAUGGGGCUCUGACCACAGGUUUAGCAGCAGCACUAGAUUCGGCAGUGGAGUCAAAAGGUUCAGAAAUAAAUCUGGGUUGUACGGCAGGAGUAGAAGCACCUUCUGAUGCCGGUUUCCCAGCUGUGAAAAUCGGAAAUGAAAAGCAUUUGGAAAGAAGCAUAGGUACUGUGAGAGCAGUGGAGAGUCUGGAAACGACCUUAGUACCUAUAGCAGAGACGGAAGGGAAAGAUUCAGAAGCAGUCCUUGACGGCGCCAGGACAGGGGUGAAAACAUCUUCAUCACAUCUGCAGACUGAAGAUGUGAAAGAUUUAGGAGGAGAUCCAGAGUCUUUGGGUAUAGCAAAGAUGAAAGCUUUGGAAGCAGUCUUUCAGCCUGCGCCCCUUGCAAGGGCAAAGGGUAUAGGAGAAAAUGUAGGUUCUGAAGCCAAAAUUGGCACCCAAGUUUUGGAAGCAAGUCCAGGACGUCUGGCCUUAGAAAGUUCAGAAAGAACUCCUGAAUCUCCAUUUGCACAUGUAAGCAUGGAGCCCAUUACAAAGUCUGAGGCACUGGCAGAAGUGACACAUUUGAAAACUGCAGCAGAGACAGAACCAAAACCUGUGGAAACAAUUGUUGAGCCUCUUGUUACAAGCAAAACAAAGAGUUCGGUCUCUUCGCAGCCUGAAGUCUUGACAGAUAGAGAGUUGGAGAUAACCUCACAGACUGAGAUGACAAGGGAGAUGAAGGAUUCUGAAAUAGCUACUGGACCUGCCAUUGUAAAAAUGAGACAUUUAGACAGCUUGCCAGAAGUUGAGGCAGUUUUAGAGGUAAAAGAUGCGGAAGCAAGUUCAAAAACUUUGCACUUAACAGAAGUGAAAAAUUUGGAAAUGGCUGUGGGAUCUAAAACGAAGUCACUCAUGCAGGACUUGGGAACAACCGUAGAAUCUGAGGUGGCUGCAGAAGUAAAAGAUUCUGAAGUUCCUCCAGAAGAUCUGAACAAAGCAAAGGUGAAGAACAAAGAAGCAGUACUGGAACGUGUGCAAACAGUGAUGGUGGAAACUUUGGAAGAAAAUUCAAAAUCUCUGCACGUGGAAGAAUUGGAAACAACUGUGGAAUAUGAAACUGGAAGUAAGCCAGAAAAAUCUGAAGGAGUAAUAGAAUCCAAGACUGUUAAAGGAGUAGAAUAUUCCAGAACAGCUCCAGAAUCUCUGCAGACACCAACAGUGGGCGAUACAGAAGGAGUAUUAGAAUCUUUACCCAGAGUUGAAGAAAAAAUUGCGGCAUCAGAAGUAGUGACAGAAGUGAGAAACUCGAAAGGAACUUUGGAAUCUAAGGUUUCAACAGAUGUGAGAAAUCAGGGACCUACUGUAGAGUAUAUAAUUGCAACAAGACGGACAGGUACAAAAAAAGUUGAGUCUUCACAUAUUAUCAGCGUAAAAGAUUUUGAAGAAGCUUCAGGAACGGAUAAAGGAGUGAAAGUAAAAUAUUUGGAGGCAGCAUCAGAAGCUAGAGAAAAGAGUUUUUUGCAAAGUACAAAAGAACCUGCGGUAGCAGAAAGGAAAGAUUCUGGAAGAGUCGCAGAACCUGAGGGUACCCAAGGUUUGGAAGCUUCCCAAAAAUCUGAAGAAGUAGGGAUGAUGAAUGUUUUAAGAGAUGCUUCAGAAACAUUCACCAGAGCAAAACAGCUUUCGGAAGCUGUUUCAGAGUCUUUACACACUGAAAAGCCAGAACAUCUGCAAGUAGUUCCAGACGCCAAACCUGCUGCAGAACAGAAAAGUGCAGAAGAGGCUCCAGAAAUCUUGAGUGCUGCUGAAAUGAAAUCUUCUGAAGCAGUUCCAAAAACAGGGGAUGUGAAAGAUCUGGAAACAGUGCUAGAACGUGAAGAAGCAGCAGAAGUACAGUAUUCAGAAGUGGUACAGUGUCAGCAAAUGGAGGAUGUAAGAGUUCCAGAACAAACUCAGGAACGUGAGAUACAGGUUGAGAAGGAAGAUACAGAACAAACUGUACCACCUGAGCCUUUGAUAGAAGUAAAUGGUAGGCAGACUACUGAAGCAUCAGUGGCAGGUCCAGAAGCAGCUUUUAGUUCUUUACAUGCAGCAGAUGGAAAAGACUCAGCAGCAACUCCUGAAUCUGUAAAACACUUGGAAGCUGGUCCAGCUGAUGUGGCAGAGACACAAGAUUUGGAAGCAGCUCCAACACCUGAGGCAACUGUAGAGCUGAAAGAUUCAGGAGCAGCUGCAGGAUCAGGGGCAGAGACAAAAGAUUUGGAAGCAGCUCUGAGACCUGAGACUGUUACAGAAGAAGUUCCAGUGCUGGUGGCAGAGGCAAGCGAGUCAGAAGAAACUCCACAGGCUGAGGCUGUGAAAGAAGCAGCUCCAGGGCAGGCGGAAGAAGCAAGAGAUUCAGAAACAUCUGAUGUGCAACCUGAUGUGGCAGCACGGAUGAGAGAGACUCUGAUGAGACUUGAGAAAGUUUUUGAAAAAAGCCACAGAAGUGAUAAAAAACACGAUGCGAAGAAACUAAAAAGGAGUCGUUCAAAGUCUCAUUCCAGGUCUAAGAAGAGGAAAAAAAAAUCAAGGUCAAGUUCUACUUCCAGGCGUUUGACCUCUAAAAGAGCACGUUCUAGGAGCAGAACUAUUCAGAUUCCAGAAAAAAGCAUUCCAAAUCUAGAUCCCGGUCUGUGGAGAAGAGAGAGAGGAGGGUGUCUUCCCGGAGGUCCAGGCGCAGACGUUCCAGGUCCUCAGACCGCUACAGGUCUAAAUCCAGAUCAGCAGAAAAGAGAGGGAGCAGAUUGUCCUCUGGGAGGUCCAGGCGUAGACGUUCCAGGUCCUCUGACCGCUACCGGUCUAAAUCCAGAUCAGUGGAAAAGAGCAGACUGUCCUCUAGAAGGUCCAGGCGCAGGCGUUCAAGGUCUUCAGACCGCUCGGUCUAAAUCCAGAUCAGUGGAAAAAAGGCUGUCCUCCCGAAGAUCUGGCCGCAGGCGUUCCAGGUCCUCUGACCGCUACCGGUCUAAAUCCAGAUCAGUGGAAAAGAGCAGACUGUCCUCUAGAAGGUCCAGGCGCAGGCGUUCUAGGUCUUCGGACCGCUACCGGUCUAAAUCCAGAUCAGUGGAAAAAAGGCUGUCCUCCCGAAGAUCUGGCCGCAGGCGUUCCAGGUCCUCUGACCGCUACCGGUCUAAAUCCAGAUCAGUAGAAAAAAGGCUGUCCUCCCGAAGGUCUGGCCGCAGACGUUCCAGGUCUUCGGACCGCUACCGGUCUAAAUCCAGAUCAGUGGAAAAAAGGCUGUCCUCCCGAAGAUCUGGCCGCAGGCGUUCCAGGUCCUCUGACCGCUACCGGUCUAAAUCCAGAUCAGUGGAAAAGAGCAGACUGUCCUCUAGAAGGUCCAGGCGCAGGCGUUCUAGGUCUUCGGACCGCUACCGGUCUAAAUCCAGAUCAGUGGAAAAAAGGCUGUCCUCCCGAAGAUCUGGCCGCAGGCGUUCCAGGUCCUCUGACCGCUACCGGUCUAAAUCCAGAUCAGUGGAAAAAAGGCUGUCCUCCCGAAGAUCUGGCCGCAGGCGUUCCAGGUCCUCUGACCGCUACCGGUCUAAAUCCAGAUCAGUGGAAAAGAGCAGACUGUCCUCUAGAAGGUCCAGGCGCAGGCGUUCAAGGUCUUCAGACCGCUACCGGUCUAAAUCCAGAUCAGUAGAAAAAAGGCUGUCCUCCCGAAGGUCUGGCCGCAGACGUUCCAGGUCUUCGGACCGCUACCGGUCUAAAUCCAGAUCAGUAGAAAAAAGGCUGUCCUCCCGAAGGUCUGGCCGCAGACGUUCCAGGUCUUCGGACCGCUACCGGUCUAAAUCCAGAUCAGUAGAAAAAAGGCUGUCCUCCCGAAGGUCUGGCCGCAGACGUUCCAGGUCUUCGGACCGCUACCGGUCUAAAUCCAGAUCAGUAGAAAAAAGGCUGUCCUCCCGAAGGUCUGGCCGCAGACGUUCCAGGUCUUCGGACCGCUACCGGUCUAAAUCCAGGUCAGCAGAAAAGAGACUAUCCUCCUGGAGGUCCCGACGCAGACGUUCCAGGUCGUCUGACCGUUCUAAAUCUAGAUCCAGGUCUUCAGAAAAGAGAGGGGGCAAAGAAUAUUCCUGGAGGUUCAGACACAGAGGGUCUGGUUCAUCUGAUCGUUCAAAAUCUAGGUCUAGGUCAGUUGAAAAGAGGAGUCGGAAGGCAUCUCAGCGGAGGUCUAAACGUCAGCGCUCAAAGUCCUCUGACCGUUACAAGUCUCGAUCCAGAUCGGUAGAAAAAAAAGAUCGGAAGCAAUCAUCACGGAAGUCUAAACGUCAGCGCUCAAAGUCCUCUGAUCGCUACAAGUCUAGAUCCAAAUCAGUGGAAAAAAAGAAGGAGUCUUCAAGAAAAUCUAAGCGUCGCCGCUCAAAGUCUUCUGAACGUUAUAAGUCUAGAUCGAGGUCUGUUGAAAAAAAGCGCAAGGAAUCUUCAAAGAAAUCCAAACGGAAACGCUCUAAAUCCUCUGACAGUGUUAAAUCAAGGUCCAAAUCUGUCGAAAAAAGAGAGACCAAGUUAUCCUCAGUAAAGUGCAGUAAUAAGCACAUUGAGUCUUGUGAACAUCUUGAGACAAGAACUAAAUCUCCUGAAAAAAUAGAUGGUCCUGAACCUUCUUUGACAUCUGAAGGCAGCUCCUCCAAAUCCUCUGAUGGUCCCGUGUCGAUGGCUUUGCCUGCUGAAAAGGUAAAUGGUCCAGAGCUGCCGCUGACAUCUGAAAGCGGAUCUUCCAAAACUUUAGAUAGCCUUGAGACAAGAUCCUCCUCUAUUGAAAAAACAGAGGAUCUGCAGCCUACCGUGUUGUCUGAACUUGAAAGCUCCAAAGGCCCAGAUGACCAGGAAUUGGGAUCCAUGCCUGCGGAAAAAACACAGGUUUCUGAGCUUUCUCUGACAAGUGAAAAUGGGUGUUCCACCACCCUUUAUAACUAUGACUCUGGAUCCACACCAGCUGAAAAAACAGUGGCUCUGGAGUCUUCAGCACUACCUGAACUUCCAUGUUCCACGUCCAAGUCAAGAUCCUCAUCUGUUGAAAAAAGAGAGGAUCCAAAGCCGCCUCUGGUAGCAGAUUUUCCACUCUGCACAUCCCCUGAAAAUGAAUUGAGGUCUACAUCUCUCAAAAAAAUACAGGAUCCAGAGCCUCUUCGGGCAUUUGAAAGUGGAUGCUCUGUGUCUUCUGAUGCUUGCAACUCAAUUUCCUUGUCCUUGGAAAAAACAGAGGUUCAAGGAUCUUCUCUGAUGUCUGAAAGUGCGGUCUCUGACUUUACUGAUGGUCAUGAAGUGAGACCUAUCCCUGCUGAAAAAACAGAGCUUCAGAAGUUUUUGCAAGUACCUGAAAGUGGAUCUUCUAAAUUGGCUGACAGCCCUCAGCCAAGGUCACUGUCUUUUGAAACAGCAGUGGUUCAGGACACCAGACUUGCAUGUUCCAAGUUCCCUGAUGUCCAUGAGUCUGCCUCCUUGCCUAUUGAAAAAGGCAGGAUGCAGGAGCCUUCCCUGGCUUCUGACAGUGGAUGCUCCAAGUCUCCUGAUAGACACGAAUCAGGAUCCUGCUUUGCUGCAAAACCAGAGGAGCUUUCAUUGAUGUUGGAAGGUGGGUCCUUCAAGUCACCUGACGGAAAUGAAUUAGGAUCCUUAUCUAGUGAAAAAGUAGAGGCUCUAGAUGCUUCUCUGUCAUCUGAACGUGCUCCCGUUGAGGUCUCGGAUGACCUAAUGUCAGCUCCAUCUUUAGAAAAAGUGCAGGAGGUUGUUACGGCAGCUGUAGGGGAAAGCUACCAGUCUUCCGAAGUUCAUGAGUCGACAUCAUCUGUUGACAAAGAUCUAGGCAGUCUGGAAUCUUCACAGGUACUUGAAAUUGGCUGCUCUGAAUCUUCUCAAAUCUGUGGAUCCCUGCCAGCUGAAAAAAGAGAGAGUAUAGAAUCUUUUUCGACAUCUAAAAGUGGAUUUCCCAUGUGCCAUGAUGGCCAUGAGUCAAAAUACAAUUUUUUGGAGAAACUGGAAGGUGCAGAACUGUCAGUGGCAUCUGAACGUAGGUAUUCUGCAUUUCCAGAAGGCCAUGAAUUGAGAUCCACUGCAGCUGAAGAGUUAAAUAUACAAAAACCUUCUCUUCUGCUGGCAAGUGGAUCCUCGGAAUCCACUGAUGUUUGUCAGUCAGUAAGCACUCUUAAUGAAAAACUAGAUUCCCAGAUGCCUUCUCUGACAUCUGAAGAUGGACUUUUCCUCUUGCCUGAUAGUCAUGAGUUGAGACCUAUCCCUGCUGAAAGAGUGGAAGUGCAAAAGUCGUAUUUGGCCUCUGAACUUGGAUGCACUGUAUCUCCUGAUGGCCACAAGUUGAGAUCUGCCUCUGAAGAAAUACGGGUGCAGGAGCCGUCUCUGAUGCUGGAAAGUAGAUGUUCCAUUUCCUCUGACGGCCCUCAGUUGAUAUCUGCCCCUGCAGAGAGAGUUGAGGUGGAGGAGUCUUCUCAAAUGUCUGAAAACGAAUACACAAUGUCUCUUGAUGACCAGCAGUUGAGAUCAGCCGCUGUUGAAAAACGAGAGGUACGGGAACCUUAUCUGACACCUGAAGGAAGGUGUUCAGUCUCCCCUCAGAGCCAGGAGUUGCUGUCAUCCCCUGCUGAAAAGGUAGAGGUGCAAGAGUCUUUGACAUCUGAAAAUGAAUGUGCUGUAUCGUGGGAGGGCCAGGAGCUGAGAUCUAGCUCUCUUGAAAAAGUAAAGAUGCAGGAACCGUCUGUAACGCCUGACAAAGAAUAUGCUGUCGUCCCUGAAGAUCAAGAAUUGCCAUCUUCCCUUGCUGAAAAAGCAGAGGUACAGGAGUGUUCUUUGCUGUCUGAAAACGAGUAUGCUGUAUCCCCGGAGGACCAGGAGUUGAGAGCCAGCCCUGCUGAAAAAGUAGAGGUGCAGGAACCUUCUCUGACAUCUGACAACGAAUAUGCCAUAUUCCCUGAAGGCCAGGAAUUACAGUCUACCCUUGUGGAAAAAACAGUGGUGCAGGAGCCUUCUCUCAUAUCUGACAGUGAAUAUGCUGCAUCCCCUGAAGGUGAAAAAACAGAGGUACAGGAGUGUUCUCUGCUAUCGGAAAAUGAGUAUGUUUUGUCCCCGGAAGGCCGGGAUUUGACAUCCAGCCCUGUUGAAAAAGAAGAGUCGGAGGAACCUUCUGAAACAUCUGAAAGUGAAAGUUCAAUGUCCACUGAUAGCCAGGAGUUGCAAUCUACUCUUGCUGAAAAAGCAGAGGUGCAGGAGCUGUCUCUGAUGUCUGAAGGUGAAUGUACUAUGUCCCCUGAAGGUCAGGAGUUGCAUUCUAGCCCUCCUGAAAAAGGAGAGACUAAGGAGCCUUCUCUGACAUCUGAAAACGAACAUGCUCUGUCCCCCGAAGGCUACGAAUUAAGACUGACCCAUGAUGAGAAAGUAGAGGAUAUGGAUUCUUCUUUGACGUCUGAAAACGAUCAUCUUUUGUCUUUUGAGGGUCAGGAGUUAAGAUUCACCCCUGUUCAGAAAGCAGAUGUGCAGGAGCAUUCUCUGACACCUGAAAGUGAACGUUCAGCAUCCCCUGAUGGCCAGGAGUUGAGAUCCCCCCUUGUUGAAAAAGUAGGUGGUCUGGAACAGUCUUUGACAUUAAAUGAUAAAUCCUCCAUGUCCCCUGAUGGUAGUGACUUGAAAUCCGUCCCUGUUGAAAAAAUGGAGGAUGGGAUGCCUUCUUUAAUGCCUGAAAGUGGAUGCUUCAUGUCCCCUGAUGGCUACAGUGUGAAAUCUGCCCCUGGUGAAGAAGCAGGAGAUCUAGAGCCCUCUUUGACAUCUGAAUGUAGGCGUUCCACGUCCCCUGAUCAUGAUGGCCAUGAGCUGAAAUCUCCCAUGGAAGAAGAGGGUAUGGAAUCGUCUUUGACUUCUGACCAUAGGAGAUCCGUGUCCCCUGAUGGGCAUGACGUGAAAUCUACCAUGGAUGAAGAAAUAGAAGAUAUGGAGCCGUCUUUGACAUCUGAACGUAGACAUUCCACAUCCCCUGAUGAGCAUGAAUCAAGAUCUACCACUGGUGAAGAAGCAGAGUACCCGGAGCCACCUUUGACAGUUGAACGUAGACACUCCAUGUCUUCUGAUGGCCGUGAGUCGAGGUCUACCACUGGUGAAGAAAUAGAGGAUGUGGAACCCUCCUUGACAGCUGAACGUAGACAUUCCACAUCCUCUGAUGAGCAUGAGUCGAGGUCUACCACUGGUGAGGAGGUAGAGGAUGUGGAGCCGUCUUUGACAACUGAACGCAGACACUCCACGUCCUCUGAUGAGCAUGAGUCGAGGUCAACCACUGGUGAAGAUGUAGAGGAUGCAGAGCCCUCUUUAACGGCUGAACUUAGAGGCUCUGUGUCUCCUGAUGGACGUGAAUCGAGGUCUACCACUGGUGAAGAAGUAGAGGACGUGGAGCUCUCUUUGACAGCUGAACGUAGACACUCCACAUCCUCUGAUGAGCAUGAGUCGAGAUCUACCACUGGUGAAGAAGUAGAGGAUGUGGAGCCCUCUUUGACAACUGGACGUAGGCACUCCACGUCCUCUGAUGAGCAUGAGUCGAGGUCUACCACUGGUGAGGAGGUAGAGGAUAUGGAGCCGUGUUUGACAGCUGAACAUAGACGCUCUACAUCCCCUGAUGGGCGUGAAUCGAGAUCUACCACUGGUGAAGAAGUAGAGGAUGCGGAGCCCUCCUUGACAGCUGAACGUAGACACUCCACAUCCUCUGAUGAGCAUGAGUCGAGGUCUACCACUGGUGAGGAGGUAGAGGAUGUGGAGCCCUCUUUGACAGCUGAUCAUGAGCACCAGGAGUCGCUUUCCAUGCCUGUUGAAAAGCUGGAGGGACAGGAUUCUUCCUUUGUGCCCGAAAGUAGGCGUUCUGAGUCUUCUGAACGUGAGAAAUCUAGAUCCAAAUCUGUUGAAAAAGCAUCUGACAAAGAGUCUUCACGAAGAUCUAGAAGCAGACGCUCAAAAUCUCUUACUCGCCAAAAGAGUCGAUCGACAUCCGUUGAAAAAAUAGCAGACAAAGAGUCUUCGCGAAGAUCUAGACGUAGACGCUCCAGGUCCACCGCUCGCCAAAAGAGUAAGUCCACAUCUGUUGAAAAAACAACUGACAAAGAAUCUUCACGGAGAUCUAGACGUAGACGCUCCAGGUCCACCGCUCGCCAAAGGAGUCAAUCGACAUCUGUUGAAAAAACAACUGACAAAGAAUCUUCACGGAGAUCUAGACGUAAACGCUCCAGAUCCACAGCUCGCCAAAGGAGUCGGUCCAAAUCUGUUGAAAAAACAGCUGACAAGGAGUCUUCACGGAGGUCUAGAAGCAGACGUUCCAGGUCUUCUCAGCGCAGAUCCCAGAGGUAUGAUACAGAAUCUCGCUCUAGACGGAAUCGCUCCAGAUCAGUAACACGCAGAAGAGCAUCAAGAUCAAAAUCUAAUCGUCGUUCUCGAUCUAGCUCACUGUCUCGUUCAAGGCACAGGAGGAGGAGUAGGUCAAGAUCAACGUCAAGAAGAAGGCGUUCUUUAUCAAGAGACAGACGUAAAAGAUCUCAAAGAAAUAGAUCAAGAUCUACUGAUAGAAGGAGGAGGAGAUCAGAUUCAAGAGAUCGUAGAAUAUCACUCAGGUUACGUAGCAGGAGUCGAACACCUGUUCGUCAAAGGCGAUCAAGGUCAAGAGGAAGAAGACGGAGCUCUAGUAGGUCACCGAUUCGACUACGGCGAUCAAGAUCUUCAGGGAGAAGAAGAUGUUACAGCAGAUCACCUGAUCGUCGAAGGUCCAGGUCGUCUGAACGGUUUUCAAGCAGGUCACCUAAGCGUCUUACAGACUUGGACAAGGCCCAGCUACUUGAAAUAGCCAAGGCUAAUGCAGCUGCCAUGUGUGCUAAGUCUGGUGUUCCCUUGCCACCAAGCCUGAUGCCUAUGUUAGCUCAAAAGAAAGAUGACAAAGCCAAUAAGUCGUCAAGAGAUACUCUAAAGGAGCUCACUGAGAAAUGCAAGAAGAUUGCUCAAAGUACAGAUGAUGUGAUAGUGAACAAACCUCAUGUUUCUGAUGAAGAAGAGGAAGAACGUCCUUUCUAUAAUCACCCCUUUAAACUCAAUGAACCAAAACCCAUUUUUUUCAAUUUAAGUACUCCAAGUAUAAAACCAGCACCACCACCACAACCAAAAAAUCAGAUCAGCCUGUCAAAGGAAUUUCCUGUCUCAUCUGGGUCUCAGCAUAGGAAAAAAGAAGCAGAUAGUGUCUAUGGAGAAUGGGUACCAGUUGAAAAAGGCAAAGAAGAAAGCAAGGAUGAUGUUUUCCCCAAACCAGCCAUUGAGGCUGUGGACAUAUCUACAGCUAUGAAUGAUCGAGCAGUGGCUCAGAAAAGGCUUAAUGAGAAUACAUUUGAUUUAGAGGCCAUGUGCAUGUUAAAUCGUGCACAGGAACAGAUCGACGCCUGGGCUCAGUCAAACUCCAUACCUGGUCAGUUCACAGGAAGUACUGGAGCACAGAUAUUAUCCUCAGAUGAAUUGACCAACAGUGGUCCCCAAGCAUGGAUUAGAAAGGAUCAGUUCUUAAGAGCAGCCCCUGUAACUGGAGGAAUGGGAGCUCAACUGAUGAGAAAAAUGGGCUGGAGAGAAGGAGAAGGGCUGGGAAAAAACAAAGAAGGCAGCGUUGAACCUAUUAUGGUUGAUUUUAAGACGGAUCGAAAAGGGCUUGUUGCUGUGGGAGAGAAGGCACAAAAGAGAUCUGGACAUUAUAGUGUGAUGAAGGAUCUUUCAGGUAAACAUCCAGUUUCUGCAUUGAUGGAGAUCUGUAACAAAAGAAGAUGGUCACCACCUGAAUUUGUGUUGGUGGAUGAUAGUGGGCCUGAUCAUCGCAAACAUUUUAUUUUUAAGGUGAGAGUGAAUGGAAAUGAAUACAGGCCUACUUUUGCCAGCCUUAAUAAGAAGCAUGCUAAAGCCACAGCAGCAACUGCGGCUCUCCAAGCGAUGGGACUUGUACCAAAGGAAAGCAUGGCUACUACCACCAUGUUUAGGAGUGCCUCACACCGCUAGAUAUUGUUUUUUAUAUUGACAUUAUUUCAGAUAAUUUACUCUGCACAAAAAUGGUAUUUGCCCUUUCAUGUUGUAAAUACAUUGGCAAUUCCCACGUUGUAAAAACUGUACAGGCACCUUCAGGUUUUUCUUUUGUACCAUCAAAAUGUAUUUAAAUCAUACUUAGUUUUUGGUAUGUUUAUAUUGUUUACAUUAGUGAUGUAAUUAUUUCUUAAAUGACUAAAAUCAGACAACAGACUCUGGAGGCAUCAGUAAUCUAAACCCUUGUUUUAAAACUCAUGCAAUUUCUCUUCGAUAUGGAAUGUUAACACUUUCAUACUGUUUUGUACUAUGCUGCAGUUUUCCCUGGUCUUGGUAAAGCUACUCUUGCACUUUUGCCUACAGCUGGUAAAAGGCCAUGCAGCUUACCUUAGUCUAGUCGGGGCUGGCGUGUACUGCUGGACAGAUACUGGGCCAGUACUGUUACCCCUGUGAGAAAGCAAGCAGUGGUAGCCCUGUUGUACAGUGUUAACGCUGCGGCUUCUCUUUGACUUUUGUUUGGGGUUUAACUCAGUGGUGCACCGCAACUGGCCGUACAGCCCAUAUUCUAGGACAUACGUGAUUAGGCAAAAGACUUGCUUUCAACGGGAGGGCAGAUGGUCCAGCGAUGGAACUGAUGAGACUUGCAAUGUAAAAGUGUCUCUCCCUGCAUGUUCUAAGAAGGGAGAUAAUGGAGUUGUCUAUUCCAAACAAAUUAACACACUGCCUGAUGUUGAUUGUAUGAAUUUGUGGUUAAUGUGAAUUUUAAACUCUAACAAAUCUACAACUGGAUUUGGGGGGCGGGGAUAGAAUGAUGCUUCAAUUGUUGUACCCAACUUGGUCAAUAAAGCAGCACAAGUUCAUAAUCUUAAUCACUGGUCAGUAAACAGUAAUUAAAAUCUAUGCCAAAACAACUUUUUGAAAAUACGCACAGUAUAGAAGUAUGUGUUGUAAAGAGUAGCAACAGUUGUUAAGGGUUGCAGAAUCCUUUUUAGUCUUUUUCAGUUGUUUUAGAAUAUUACCAAAUUAACUCCUUGGGCUUUAAUUUUCUGUAAUGGUACUCCGCCCUCAAGGAGACAGCCUGAUCCAGAGUUUUGGCUGUUUGAUAAUGGAGAGGAUGCAGAAUGACUUUAAAAAAAAAUUUUAAGAAAAACUAGUACUUUGGCUAUGUGCACUUUGAAUUUGAAAGGAAAAUUUUGGCUGCAAAGGGCAUUGUACACCUCUCACCAGAUUUGUCUGUGUUAUGAGCAGAUUGCCAGGAUUUAUGGCCUGUAAUAGUCCAGAUGCUUAUUUUUGAAAAGUCUUUUUGAAGUUGUUUCUUAUUACAGCUACUGACCAGAGCUUCAUCUGGGAACGAACAAAAUAUAGUUUGUACACAGUACGCAGUACUCUGGCCUACAGUGAAUGACCACUGCAGUGGCAGUAGGAACUUGGAGAUGGGGAAUUACUGGUACCUCUUCUUCUAUGAAGUAAAGUUAUUUGUGUGUUUUCUCAACUGUUAUUGAACAAAGCCUCUUUCUCUGCCCUAAAGGGAUGAGUAGCAGUGUCUCGUUUUGUACAUGGCAUAACGGAGGGACAGAGAAACGUUCUGAAUUCUCUACCACACAUUUCCAAGAAAUAAGGCCCCUUUGUAGUCUAUCAAAGCACUCUAGAAAUGCCUGAAUUAAUCGUAAUUUUUGUCAACGUAGUUGUCUUAAUUAAACUUCUUUUCCGUUUGGCUUCUUGCCUUCAGUCUCUGGGUAAAAUUGUUGUUCUUAGGUCUCCUUUCCUUACUUGCUGAAAUAGUUGUAAGGUAUGUAAUAAAUGUAAAUAGGAUGGUAAGCAAUGGAAAGGCAUUCUCUGGGAGAGCUGGAUGUGACACCUCUCUUAGCUGACGUCUAGCUUUUUGAUGUACAGCUCAAUGUAAUUAGCUCAGGAUGUGGGAGGCAGCUGCUAAUCAGGCUUUUGUUACUGUUAGCUGUAUCAAAACUAGACAUUAUCGGAGAUGUUGAUCAUUCUGUUUAGUAAGGUCUGGCUGCAUGGUAUCAAAUCUGGGAACAUACAGUCUUCUCUGGUACUUGUUACUUUGGUCUUUUUUGUCCAUAUUCCCUGUGUAUACUGUGAAGAUAUAUAUGUUAUCUCACAGAAGCGAGCAGAUGAAUUCAGUCUGACAGAAGACUCAAUUUAAAAAAAAAAAAAAAAAAAGCAAGUUCUGGAUUUCAUGCCUUAAAGACAUGAUACUGUAUAUAAACUUAACCCCUGGUUUUAAGGAAGAUGUAGAAAGAAAAAAUAAGAGUUAAGAUCUGUAACACCUUAAUUAUGACACUUCUUAAUGUUGAGGUUUCUGUUUUAGUUUCAUCCCUGUUGUUCAGAAUGAUACAUGGAUUUUAAAGCUAGUGCAGAGAUGUGCUUCUGUAAAGUUUGUACAUUUCAAUUGGUCUGAGUAUCCUUUGCAUGCAGGAAUAGACACGUAGUCUAUAUUAAAAGUAGUCUAUAUUUUAAAAAAAACAACUAG